AUGUCGACGGCGAUCCGAACCGCCGCGCCUCGGAAGUGGGGAUCCCGUCACGGCCGCCGAGCUGCGAUGGACGGUUUUUGCGAUCGCAGAGUGACGGUGAAGCGGUACACCCGGAGGCGGGUGAAGGUGGCGGUAGUGAAGGCGGCGGAUGCUGUGGUUCAUACCCCCCCGAGGGUCUGCGCGGAUUGCCGGACGUCAGAGACACCGCUGUGGAGGAGCGGGCCUGGAGGCCCCAAGUCUCUCUGCAAUGCAUGUGGGAUCAAAUACAGGAAGAGGAGAAAGGGGCUUGCACCACCCACUCCCACUUCAUCUUCUGCUUCCAAUAGCCAGGUUGGGAACGUUCCUGCCCCUGCAAUGAAGGUGUUGAGCACAGAGGAGCUGAAGAGACGGCAGAGAGAUAAGCAGGAGAGGACGCUAAAGCUGCUGCUUUUACAGCACCGGAGGCAGAGGAGAAGCCAGAGCGAGGAGAAGGCGGCAGUGGAAGCUGGUAAAGAAGUGGAGGAGGCUGCUCGUCUAUUGCUGUCCCUCUCCUCCUCUGGCCUCCUCGUUCACUCUUAG